CUGGCACAGAUCAUGAGUCUUCAGCAUCUGUGCAAGAGCAUUUCAACACUGCUUCCUUGGAAGCUGCAACAUCUCUAGGCCAAAGGGAGCAUGGGAAUAAAAAAAAGAGUGUUGAAGCAGUGAGGGAGAACGAGCACGACUACCUCGCUGUCCUUAACCCUCUGUUGGAAAUUCAGACCUUCUCAGGUAGGAACAAUGUAAGUUCUCCAGACAAUGGAACUAGCUUGGAUGGCACAGAAGCGAUAUCCUCAUGGGAAAAAGCUACUCCAACAGACACAGACUCUACUCUUCCACUCUUGGAGAACGUACACGGCAGGUGGUCAGAUGAAGAUGAUGAUGUUGGCAACCAAAUUCCAGUUGAAACACAGUCGGGUUUGUCUUCUUCAGCUCUUCUGCGCAUCUCCUUACAGGAGAGAGCUAAGAAAAAGGGGCCACCUCCACCCAUCCCCAAAAAACCCAAACUCCACUUAUCUCCAUCUGAAUUAGACCAAUACCUGACAAUGCUUUCAGCCAUAUCGGAUCCAAACCAGCAGUUUCAGAACAUUGACACAGAGGAGCUCCAGCUGUGGGAUUUACACACAGAGCAUUCAUCUGCAUCCGAUCCAGACACAGGGAUAUCGGGGCAUGAUGGACCUGAAUGGGCUGAACCAGGAGGCCCCAAGGACUGGGAAUCUGAUGAGCCAACCAAACCCAAGACCAUUUCUAAACUGAUCAGAAAAAAUUUUCAGAUCCAUGAGAGGAUGAAGCAGCAGAACGUGACCAGAUCAGCAGAGGCGAGGGUGGCUGAACUUCUUGAACAGGAACAGACUGUGAAUGUGGCGCAGAUGAAGAAAGCUUUUGACGCUCCCAAGAAGUCUGAGAAAGCACCAGAAAGAAUGCCCACACCGAAAAAGGACAUGUUCAGGCGUGUUGUGCGGCAGAGCAAAUUCCGCCACGUGUUCGGCCAGGCGGUGAAGAACGACCAGUGCUACGACGACAUCCGCGUGUCGCGGGUCACCUGGGACAGCUCCUUCUGCGCCGUCAACCCCAAAUUCGUGGCCAUCAUCAUCGAGGCGAGCGGCGGCGGGGCCUUCCUCGUCCUCCCGCUGCACAAGACUGGACGCAUUGACAAAUCCUACCCCACAGUGUGUGGUCACACGGGCCCCGUCCUGGACAUCGACUGGUGCCCUCACAAUGACCAGGUCAUCGCCAGCGGCUCCGAGGACUGCACAGUCAUGGUGUGGCAGAUCCCUGAAAAUGGACUGACCAGCUCCCUUUCGGAACCUGUGGUGGUACUGGAGGGCCAUUCCAAGAGGGUGGGCAUCGUUACGUGGCACCCCACGGCGCGAAACGUUCUCCUCAGUGCGGGCUGUGACAACCUGAUUAUCAUCUGGAAUGUGGGUACGGGAGAGGCGCUCAUCAACCUGGAGGACGUGCAUCCCGACGUCAUCUACAGCGUCUGCUGGAACCGCAACGGCAGCCUCAUCUGCACCGCCUGCAAGGACAAGAAGGUCCGCGUGAUUGAUCCACGUAAAGAAGAGGUCAUUGCGGAAAAGGACAAGGCCCACGAGGGGGCGCGACCCAUGAGGGCUAUCUUCCUGGCCGAUGGCAACAUCUUCACCACAGGCUUCAGCCGUAUGAGCGAGCGGCAGCUGGCUCUCUGGAACCCGCAAAACAUAGAGGAGCCCAUCUCUGUCCAUGAGAUGGACACCAGCAACGGAGUCCUGCUGCCCUUCUAUGACCCGGACACCAAUAUAGUGUACCUGUGCGGGAAGGGAGACAGCAGUAUCCGGUACUUCGAGAUCACAGAUGAGGCACCGUACGUCCACUACCUCAACACCUUCAGCACCAAGGAACCACAGAGAGGCAUGGGAUACAUGGCCAAGCGGGGACUGGAUGUCAACAAGUGUGAAAUUGCCAGGUUCUAUAAACUCCAUGAGAGGAAGUGUGAACCUAUCAUCAUGACUGUCCCAAGGAAGUCGGACCUUUUCCAGGAUGACCUGUACCCCGACACGGCUGGGCCCGACUGUGCCUUGGAGGCAGAGGAGUGGUUUGAGGGCAAGAACGGCGACCCCAUCCUCAUCUCCCUCAAGCACGGCUAUGUGCCUGGGAAGAAUCGCGACCUCAAGGUGGUCAAGAAGAACAUCCUAGAGAACAAGCCGGCUAAGAAGACGGAGCAUACGGCCCCUGCCCAUAAGCAGGUCUCCUCUACCCCGUCCAUACAAAGUGAAGCCAAACUGGACGAGAUCCUGAAAGAAGUCAAAUCCCUCAGGGACCUCAUCGGCAGCCAGGAGAAGAGAAUCGCCAAAUUAGAAGAGCAAAUGUCCAAGAUCGCAAUCUAAGGACCUCUCGCAUCCCCCCCAUUCCCCAUAUCCAACCCGUUGUAUCCCACAGCCACCACCAUCACUUAGGAUGAUUCAGUUAGCUGGGAAUGGCAGGGUGGGCGGGGCCACUCACUGCCAGUCAUCUUGACAGCAUUAGGCCUGGAGCCCAUCCGGCAGUGGUCCCGGCAACAUUCCAGUAUCGACUUUCUCCUUACCCCAAGCCUGCCUCCGGCAGACCUCCCCUGUCAGCUCACUGCAAUUUUAAUACACAAAAAAAAAAAAGGA